AAAUAAACGCAAUAAUAAUACUUAAAUGCAACGACAAAAUAUGUUGCACAUUAUAAUAAAAUGUUUCAAUUAAUGAAAACACAGUGGGAUAUCAAUAUUAAAAAAAUAUGUCAUUGUGAGAAAAAUUAAAAAAAAUAAAAAUCAUGCGAUUUAAAUGGAUUUUUGCGAAUAUGUUAAAAACUUAUUCAUAAACAAUUUGUAGGCAAUCAGUUUAUAGCGGUAAAUAUUGAGCUUUGCUGCAAAGAGCAGCCAUUGUUUAAAUUUAAAUGAUAACGGCUAAACAAUAGCGUUACCAAUCAUUAAACUAAUACGGAAUAUUGCCAAUGGUAAAGAAAACAACGCAAUAACAAAUUUGCCGUGUUAAUCAUUGCAAGUGAAUAGCAGCAACAAAGCAAACAAAGAAAAAGAAGAAAAAAUAAUGGUACGACGAGGCUAAUUUGUUUGUAAAUAAAUUAAGGCCAGAAUAAACAAGAAGAAAUAUAAUUAACAAAGAAAAUUACUUUAAAACGUCAAACUACUUUAUCCAACAAAAUGCCAGCCGAUCAGAUACAAUAUUCUGAAAAAUAUUUCGAUGCUGUCUAUGAAUACAGACAUGUUAUACUACCACCCGACUUGACAAAAAUGGUACCCAAGUCGCAUUUAAUGACCGAAACGGAAUGGCGUAAUUUGGGUGUACAGCAAAGUCCUGGCUGGGUCCACUAUAUGAUGCAUGCUCCCGAGCCACAUGUUAUUCUAUUCAGACGACCUCGCACUGAUUCGAAUGAAACCAAUGUGGUAUCAACAGCCACAGCUCAAGCACCUACUAACACCACUGCUCCGCCCACAACAAAUGCGGAUUUAUCACAAACCAACGUUUCGGUUAAAGGUUAAUCCAUCUCGAGAUGGAUGCGUGCCAUACAGUUUUAUUUAAAUAGUUAUACAUACUACCAUCCUCAUCAUUAUUAUUAUCCACCAAAGGAAUACACCAUAAAACCAGAACAACACCAGAUAACAAACACAAAUCACACUCAUGGAUAUUUUUAAUAAAUAAUUGUUUUUAGUUAGCGUGUAAAAUCCACACUUUUAAAUAUUAUUUGUAUUGUUUAAUUUUUUAGUUAUUCCACCUCUUGUUUUAUGAAUUUUUAUACAUAUAUAUUUCUGUGUCCAAUUGGUCGGUCC